GUAUUUUAACUCAAAUAAAUUGGCGCGGCGCGUCGUUGCCUCGGGUGGCUUACGGAGUAGUCGCCGAAGCGAUUAAAAAGUGGGUGUUUUGUGUGUUUGUCCUAUUUAGCACCUCCCCUUCCAGGCGUAUCGGUAUAAUUGUACUUUUUGGGGGGUACGGAUAGGUGACGGUGGCUGCGACGUGGAUAUUAAAGCUCGUUUGGGGCGUGCGUCGUCAGCGGCCGUGUGGCCUAAUGGAUAAGGCGUCUGACUUCGGAUCAGAAGAUUGCAGGCGGUGAAAAGCCACAAGCUGCUACCUCUCACUGCAAAUCGCCUUGCGGGCAAGACGGCUUAUUAUAAGUUGCAUCGAGUGUCCCAGGGACACCCAAGUGUUAUACGGAACUCUAUGACCGGGCACGGAGAGGUGCAAGAGCAGGGCCCAGAGAUGACGUCUCCUGCGGGGAAGAACGACCAACAUUUCGUGGGCAGGGACUCGACUGCACAAUUGCUUCAACAAAUGGCUGUUUUGCGUGCGGAACUCAAAAAUCUACGACUGCAGUUGGAUCAGGCCAAACGAGUGCACCGCAAGGACGUGGAGGGAAUCAAGGCCACGCUGCGCCAGGAGGUGUCCCCAGCGGUCGGCAACGAGACUGAGGCUCAAGUGGCAGCGCCGAGACGCUCUCCGUCUCCAGGUGUCUCCUCCCUAGAGACAGGAAAUCUUAUGACGCGGCCAGUUGGCUACGUGGAGUCAUGUUUCCCGACCAAGAACGGAACACCUCGACAGCCCUCCGUGUGCGCGGCCUCGCGGGCCCGCGUCCGUCUGGACAGAUCCGUGUUCAGCAACGCGGAGCACUCGCUCGCUGGCCUCCAGCACUUCUCACACGUCUGGAUCCUGUUUGUGUUCCACAAGAAUGGCCCCUCCGCAGCUAAAGCCAAGGUUAAGCCUCCCAGGCUAAACGGGCUCAAAGUCGGAGUGUUUUCAACGAGGAGUCCUCAUCGACCCAAUCCCAUCGGACUUUCCCUGGCCAGGCUCGAGAAAAUUGAAGGUGGAACUCUUUACCUGUCUGGAAUUGACAUGAUCGACGGCACGCCGGUUUUGGACAUCAAACCGUAUAUACCGGAGUACGAUGUGCCCGUUAAAGCAGUCGACGGUCACACAGCGGCAACGGAGGACCCGGAAGCGAGAGAUGCCAGCCCUGAUGGUGAACAUCUUCGAGUAUCCGACUGCGUUGACAGUGACAACUAUGGUAACGUUCACUCAUGUGGCUCAGGAGAACCGGUUGUGACUGCCGAGGAAACGGGUGGUUGCAGUAAAGAGCCUCUCGCUCGCGAAACCCUCGAAGCAAGAGAGAACUCGCGUGCGAGCGCUGCGGACCCUGCGACGCCGGCUUCCGAGCAACAGAGUGCGGUGGCAUCCUGGGUCAGAGAGGCGCCUGUCAAAAAUUUGGCGGUACGCUUCACGCCACACGCCGAACAGGAGCUGCAGCAACUGGCCAACGCUGCCGACAAAGGGCGCUCUGCGCUCCGCCACUUCGGCUCCGCGGAGGAGGUGCGGCGCGCGGCGACGGCGGUGCUGUCGGCGGACCCGCGCUCCGCUUACCGGCGACGCUCUUGCCAGGACCAGCUCUUCUACUUCCACCUGGACGGCCUGCACCUCACGUGCUGGUUCGGCGACGGCUUCGCGGAGGUUCUGCACGCGAGGCUCGCCCGCCCCGAGGCCACCGCCACUGCCGCCGUCCCAGAGGGAGAAUCGAAGGACUAGCGGUGCCCCCCCCCAUCACCGGUGGCCCCCCCCAACCCCCCAAACGUUACUCCCCAAGGAACCGGUGGCGCGAGACAUGGCUCGUCUUCAUGGUAGACGCAAUCCAACGAACAAAUGGCUCUUCAUUUGUGGAUAAUUAUACAAAUGAUUAAAUAAGUAAUCAUUCAAUAUCUUAUUACAUUUUAAUUGUACAUAGGCUGUGUGCCUCAGGCUGUUAUAUGUGAAUCUCCAGCUUCAAUGAUAAGAAAUGACUAAAGUUAGGGUCAAGCGUUGCUAUUACGGCGCUUUUGUGACGUUACUGUGAUGUCGCUCCAAGACAU